AGUGUAAACCUCUCUAAUAUGGCGGAAGCACUGACGUUUCGCAGUAGCUAACCCCAACGACUUCAUGCUCGUAGUGUUGCCGUAGUUACCGGACGCGGCCACGCGCCUAUUAGGUUUCACUGUAAAACAAAUAUCCGUGUAAUGGACUGAGGGAAGUUUCUGAACUGCUAAAGCGAAACAAGGCCGGUCUAACUGUACAACAGAAACGCCGAGAUGAACUCCCAGAGACUGAAACGCAUUAUGGUCCACCGAUCAUCCACCUGUCCCAAACCUCCACCCAGAUCAGUCAGGAGCUCUGAAAACUACAUAGAGAGGAUGCCACCAGAGGUCACUGAGAAGAUUAUUUCAUAUUUGGAUGCAGGAUCUCUUUUCUGCCUUGGCUUCGUCAACAAGCGGUUCCAUGAGCUGGUUGACAACAAUGCCAUGUGGUAUCGCUUUUACACCUGGCAACGAGCAAAAACGAAGACAUCCAGGCUAAUAAAGGAUGUGACAGAUGGAGUGGACAUGGCCAGCAUUCAGGAAAAGCCUAUGGGAUACUGGAGGAGAGUUUUCUUUAAAGAACUGGCUGGUCAUAAUGGAAGCUGGAAGAAAAAACUAAAAUCCAUUCAUUCUUACACCGGACUGCCAAUUCGAACAGCUGAAGUUCUCAGGAGUUUUGGUGUCAUGUGGGAGAUCACAGUGAAGGAAGCAAGAGGACGUGAGAACAGAAUUAAACACACUCACGUGUACUUCGGCCAAGCCUCUCUGACUGUUGGCUGGAGUUCAGGAAACUGGCCAAUUCUGGAUAAACCCACUACACUAGAGCUGCAUGGAGUGAUGCUUGUGCCCAUUAACUGUCCAAUCACAUGCAGACCAGGCUGGAGAUCCCUCUUAAGUAAAGUGGUGGUGAAGAAGGACGGUAGCAAAUUGUGUGGUUCAGACAGGCUCAUCUCUUUGCUGUACAUUGAGAAAGAUGUAACUGUGGGGGUUUGGCAGAAGCAACAGGAAAUUGCAUUUGUCUUAGUGAACUUACAUUAUCACAGACUUGUGGAAAGAAAUCUUCUGGGGUCAUCCACCACGCUGUAUGAGCCAACAGACAUGCAAGCCCCUUUUGAUGACAUUGAUCCUGAUUACGGCUUGCAUAGAUACUGUGUGCACCUUGAGCUGCACAACACAGUAGAAAGCAUUGCGUCAGUGAGCUUUUCCCAGCUGUUCUGCAAGAAAGAUCAGAUUGCUGAUGGUUAUCUACCUUUGCAAGUUAUCAGUAAAGAAAACAGAUCGCGACAAACUCCUCUGUGUGGAAAAAUCAGCCUGCCUUGGAGGACCGAAGCACUACAGGGACACAUCGAGCAUUGUUGCAUGUUGACUCUCACUGUUCUUGCUGAAGCCCAAACACCAUUCUGGUGUGUUAGUGCUCCUGUAGCCAUUACUAAAUCAAACCACGAGGAAGUGUCAUAUGACUGUAAUGGUGAGAGCUUCUUUAUGGAAUAUCAGGACUCAGAUGGAAAGCUGGAGAUUGAGCUGGAGUGGAUGGAGGAACAGAAACAGUUUGUCAUGGUUAAUUUAAUCCUUUUUCUUUCCGUUAGCAAAGUAAACAGACACUUUAGGAGGCAUUAUUGAUACUCCAUGGACACUUUACCUUGUUCAAUAAUACAUACAUGACAUGUCUGCAUAUAUGUACCAUAUACAACACUCUCUGUUUGGAACCUUGAUCAUAUUAAACGUCUUCUGUAUGAACUUUAUAUCUGAAGAAAAAGCAUAAGUGAUUAACAUGCAUCCCGAUUUUGAAGAUAGGAAGCCAUUUUCUAUCAAGACUUACAUCCCUGUUCCUAAAUUCCCACAAGAAAAACAGUUCACAUUAAGGCAUUACUGUCGUUUAGCAUUAUCAGCAUUCCUCUUAGAUGCUGAUGUCUUAAGACAGUUGUUUAAUGUAAUAGCUCUCGGCUGGAGGAGGAUUUUAUCGCUGACGCCACGACAUGCUCACACCGUUAAAACAACAUUUGGCUGCGAUUAGUGAUGGAAGGCAGUUUUGAGGCAUAAACAACCCCUCUGGAUUGGGGCAUAAUUGGAUUGCGUUUAGUCUUCAGAGGUCACUUCGACCUUGAAAACCUGCUUUUUAUCAACACAUGCUGGCAUUUCCAUUUUCUUCAUCACAUUGUUAGGAGGUGUGAAGCUGUAAAAUGGCUUCUGUCACAAAUGUUAUGACCAAAAAAGUAAUUAGAUUGCUGGUUGUGAGAAAGCCAUGCCUGAAGGUUAACCAUUCUUUAUCUUUGAAAUGUGUUUCAUUGAACCAUAUUAAAGAGUUGGGCAGUUUAUCAAACUUUUUCUGCUAAAACAUGAUGAUCCAAGGCCUCUUUCUAAAAAUGAAAAAUAAAUAAGUAAAUAAAUAAAAAUAAACCAAAAAAAACCACUCUCUGGUAUUUGUACAAGUCACCUGGAGACCUUGAGUAAUUUUUCAUAGCUGCUUAUGAAUUAUUAGGUCCUACUGGCCUCUAUAUUGCUGAAAUACAGAGAAAAAGUAAGUAUUAAAUACAUGUGCUUUGGGAUAGGUUACACAAAGUCACUUGAUAAGCAAACAUCAUUAUUAUCGCAUUAACAUGUUGCAUUAUCCUAGCUUAUGCAAUAGCUAGUUAACAGCCUGCUGGAUAAUAGACUGAUUAGUGGAUGAGAUAGUGCUAGAUCAUUUAACUAAACUGAGGACACCAGGAGGCUAAAUACAUAUGACUACUGGCUCUAUGUACUGUAAGUAAUGAAUAAAACAUGAUGGGGCAAUUUGCCAAUGAUUACAAAUUUAUUUAAUAACAAAGUUAUUAAUGAACCACACAUCAUACUUUUUAUCCGAUUUAACAUUGGGGAAUGUCAACAAGGCAAGUUAGUUGCUGUUAGCACUUAUGUUGUCAUGGCUAUAAAC